UACGCUUUGCCUGUACGAGCAUAAACAUCACAGUGUGUGGAGAGAGGUUACAAAACCAAAGCUGAGCUCCGAAGUCACGCAAACAGGCAGGACUUGAAAGUCCGUAACGUUGCGGCUAAUGGGGCUUGACGAGUUCUGCAGUCUGAAUAAUUCUGAUCCAUUCUGGGAUUGGAACCGAACAUGGUACACUGCAAGUCCAGACCUCACCCAGUGUUUCCAGAACACUGUACUGGUGUGGCUGCCAUGUCUCUACCUCUGGGUGUGUGCUCCCAUCUACCUCAUCUACCUCCGCAGCCAUAACCAGGGCUACAUAUGUAUGAGUCACCUCAACAAAGCCAAAACUGCUGUUGCUGUUCUUCUGUGGAUGAUCUGCUGGUCAGAUGUCUUUUAUUCUUUCUGGGAAAGAAAUCAUGGCAGCGUUGUUCCGGCACCCGUUCACCUAGUCAGCCCAACCUUACUGGGCCUUACCAUGUUGCUGGCCACCAUGAUAAUCCAGUAUGAACGGAUGAAAGGGGUUCAGUCGUCUGGUGUAAUGCUAAUCUACUGGCUGCUGGCACUGCUGUGUGCCACUGUCACCUUCAGGUCCAAGAUCCUCCAAGCCCUCAACCAGCUGGUGACAGUAAGUGUGUGGAGGUACACCACCUUCUAUAUCUACUAUGCUCUGCUGCUAGUCGCUCUGUUCCUGUCUUGCCUGACGGACCAGCUGCCCCUCUUUGCCCAGAAUGUUAAAGACUCGAACCCCUGUCCCGAGUAUGGAGCUUCUUUCCUCUCCAGAAUAACCUUCUGGUGGAUCUCCAGGAUGGUGAUAACAGGCUACAAGCGUCCCCUGGAGGAGAAGGACUUGUGGUCUCUGAACCCUGAAGACUGCUCCCAGAAAGUGGUACCACAGCUGGUGCAACGCUGGAAGUUACAGUGCCAGAAGGUCAAAAGCACAGAGCAGAAAACGUUGUACUCCCCCAGACCGGUCCCUCACAGAGAUGGCAAAGAGGCCCCGGGUGUGGAAGAGUCUGAAAUCUUGCUUGUAAAAACCCAGAAGAAAACAAAAGAGCCCUCGUUGUUCUGGGCACUGUGCCUGGCCUUCGGGCCCUACUUCCUCAUCUCUUGCCUUUAUAAGAUCAUCCAGGACAUCCUCAUGUUUGUUGGGCCUGAGAUCCUCAGGCUGCUGAUCCACUAUGUCAACGACUCCACCGCCCCCUCCUGGCGGGGCUUUUUCUACACAGCUCUGCUCUUCACAUGUACCUGUGUGCAGUCAUUAAUCCUCCAGAAGUACUUUCACAUUUGCUUCGUCUCAGGCAUGCGUUUGCGCACCGCCAUCAUUGGAGCUGUCUACAGGAAGGCCUUGGUUAUAACCAGUGCAGCGCGGCGAACCUCUACAGUGGGAGAGAUUGUCAACCUGAUGUCGGUAGACGCUCAGCGCUUUAUGGACCUAAUCACUUACAUCAACAUGAUAUGGUCUGCUCCUUUGCAGGUGGCACUGGCGCUCUACUUUCUCUGGCAGAACCUGGGUCCAUCUGUGCUGGCUGGAGUGGCUGUGAUGAUUCUGCUGGUCCCUGUUAAUGCUGUCAUUGCCAUGAAAACCAAAACCUACCAGGUGGCUCAGAUGAAGAGCAAGGACAAUCGCAUUAAGCUGAUGAAUGAGAUGCUGAAUGGCAUCAAAGUGCUGAAGCUUUACGCCUGGGAACUGGCCUUCAAAGACAAGGUGUCUGAAAUACGUGAGAGUGAGCUGCAGGUCCUGAAGAAGGCUGCCUACCUGGGUGCAGUGUCCACCUUCACCUGGGUCUGCGCACCCUUCUUGGUCGCCCUGUCCACUUUCAGUGUGUACGUGCUGAUCAAUGAACAUAAUGUGCUCGAUGCAGAGAAGGCCUUUGUGUCACUGGCACUUUUCAACAUCCUGCGUUUUCCACUCAACGUGCUGCCAAUGGUCAUUAGUAGUAUCGUGCAGGCUAGUGUGUCCUUGAAGCGGCUGAGAGUUUUUCUAUCACAUGAGGAGCUGCAGGAGGACAGUGUGGAGCGCAAAGCAGCAGUAGGCUCCCCACACAGCAUCUCCAUAGUGGAUGGAGUUUUCAGCUGGUCUAAAACUGAAUCACCGACACUCAAGAGGCUGAAUGUGUGUAUCCCAGAAGGCUCUCUGGUAGCUGUGGUGGGACACGUGGGCUCAGGAAAGUCCUCGCUUUUGUCCGCCCUGCUCGGAGAGAUGGAAAGACUAGAAGGAACUGUAGCUGUCAAGGGUUCAGUAGCCUAUGUCCCCCAGCAGGCCUGGAUCCAGAAUUCCACUCUGAAAGACAACAUAAUAUUUGGUCAGGAGAGGAGAGAAGCCUGGUAUCAGAGUGUGGUGGAGGCAUGCGCCCUGCAGCCUGACCUGGAGAUCCUUCCUGCUGGAGACAAGACCGAGAUCGGAGAAAAGGGAGUGAAUCUGUCUGGAGGUCAGAAGCAGAGGGUGAGCCUGGCCAGGGCUGUCUACUGUGACCGAGCUGUCUACCUGCUGGAUGACCCAUUGUCUGCCGUUGAUGCUCACGUAGGAAAACACAUCUUUGAUCAAGUCGUCGGCCCACAGGGACUGCUGAAGGACAAGACUCGUGUGCUGGUGACCCAUGGGCUGAGCUACCUACCCCAGACCCACCUGAUCCUGGUGAUGGUGGAGGGAGAAAUCACAGAGAUGGGCUCCUACCAGCAGCUCAUGGCCACAGAAGGAGCCUUUGCUGAGUUCGUGCGAACGUACGCUGCUGUCGAACACACUGGCCAUAAUGAAUCGGUGCCAAAGACUGAAACCAAAGGAACAGAAAAUGGCAGUGUGACUGCUCUCGCUGGCAACAGUCCAGAUGUCAGCAGUGAUCUGAAACUGGGCAAGGAGGACAAGGAAAUCAGCAAGGAUGCUAAGAACCCCGAGCUGGGCAAGCUAACAGAGGCCGACAAGGCCAGCACGGGACAGGUUAAGCUCUCUGUGUUCUGGGCCUAUUUUAAAGCCAUUGGAGUGCUUCUAUCCUGCAUCAGUUUGCUGCUGUUCCUUGCCCAUCACCUGCUCUCCCUGUUCUCCAACUACUGGUUGAGCCUGUGGACCGACGACCCUGUGGUUAAUGGCACUCAGCCUGACAGAAUGAGGAGGCUAGGGGUGUAUGGUGCUCUCGGCCUGACCCAGGGUGUGGCAGUCUUUGGUUUCUCCCUCUCCAUGUCCAUUGGGGGCAUCCUGGCAUCCCGCUACCUCCAUCAGUCCAUGUUGUAUGAUGUCCUGCGUUCACCUAUGUCCUUCUUUGAGCGAACCCCCAGCGGUAACUUGGUCAACCGCUUUUCCAAGGAAAUGGACACCAUUGACUCACUCAUCCCCAGCAUUUUUAAGAUGUUCCUGGGCUCUUUGUUCAGUGUAUUGGGGGCUUGUGUUAUCAUCCUGAUCGCCACACCCUUGGUUGCUAUCGUCAUUCCUUUUCUCGGUUUGCUCUACUUUUUUGUGCAGAGGUUUUAUGUGGCGUCCUCUCGCCAGCUGAAGCGUCUGGAGUCAGUUAGCCGUUCACCCAUUUAUACCCACUUCAAUGAAACACUGCUGGGCACCUCCGUCAUUCGAGCCUUUGGUGAACAGGAGCGUUUCAUCCAUGAGAGCGACCAGCGGGUAGACCAUAGCCAGAAGGCUUACUACCCCAGUAUAGUAGCUAACAGGUGGCUGGCAGUUCGCCUAGAGUUUGUUGGAAACUGCAUCGUGUCAUUUGCUGCUUUCUUUGCUGUCAUAGCCAGAGAGAGCCUCAGCCCAGGCAUAAUGGGCCUGUCCAUCUCCUAUGCUCUCCAGUUGACUGCUUCUCUGACCUGGCUGGUGAGGAUGUCCUCAGAUGUGGAGACCAACAUAGUGGCUGUGGAGAAAGUGAAGGAGUACAGUGACACAGAGAAAGAGGCAGAGUGGAAACACGAGCCCUCCAGUCUUCCCCCAGGCUGGCCCACUGAUGGUUGCAUAGACAUCAGAGGCUUUGGCCUACGCUACCGCCAAGAUCUGGACCUGGCCAUUCACAACAUCACCAUCAGAAUUAACGGAGGAGAGAAGGUGGGGAUUGUGGGGCGCACUGGAGCAGGAAAGUCGUCCCUAACACUGGGGCUGUUCCGGAUCAUUGAGAGAGCAGAGGGCCACAUCUUCAUUGAUGGGGUGGACAUUGCUCAACUGGGCCUCCAUGAGCUCCGCUCCAGAAUCACCAUUAUCCCACAGGACCCGGUGCUGUUUUCAGGCUCUUUGAGGAUGAACCUUGAUCCUUUUGACUGCUACUCUGAUGAGGAAAUAUGGAGGGCUCUGGAGUUCUCCCAUCUCAAGAGCUUUGUGUCUGGCCUGCCCAAUAAACUGAGCCACGAGUGUAGUGAAGGUGGAGGGAACCUCAGUGUGGGUCAGCGGCAGCUCGUGUGCCUGGCCAGAGCUCUGCUAAGGAAGACCAAGGUCCUGGUUCUAGACGAGGCCACAGCAGCUGUGGACAUGGAGACAGACAACCUGAUACAGUCCACCAUCCACUCUCAGUUUGAGGACUGCACCGUCCUGACAAUAGCACAUCGCCUUAACACCAUCAUGGACUACACCAGGGUCCUGGUGUUGGACAAAGGAGAGAUGGCAGAGUUUGACUCACCUUCUAAUCUCAUCGCUCAGAAAGGAGCCUUUUACAUAAUGGCCAAGGACGCUGGGCUGGUCUGAAGCAGGAGAUGUCACUUUGCCCAAAUGCUCCUCUGAGCCUCUCCCAGCUCGCCUGGCUCCUGGAGUGGAGGUCCUGAGUGUUGAUGAGAACAAAGGGUUUGGUUUGACCUGCUUUACCCUAUACUUCUGUUCUUAUGAUGCCUGUCCCAAACAACUUUGCUUCUUUCUGUUAGGUCAGAUCAUGGCUCUGUACACCUGUUUCUUCCUGCCCUCUUCAUCAUUUUUCAUUGCUGGUUCUGCUAUGGAAAUUCUAACAAGGCAUGCACUAUAUAUGGCUUUCAUUUUUGACACAGCAGUGUACCUGUGCGUGAGCAAGGAAGUGGACUUUUGCUUUUCUGCAGACUGUCUCAUGAACAGUUCACUUCUGGUUGUGGUAACUAGUGCAGAGUAAAAUAGGACAGCUGUCCUGCAGGUACAAAAUCAUCAGUGCCAAAUGUUUACCUCAAAUCAAAUAGAUCACUUGUUCUCGAGUCCAGAUUUGGAACCUCAGUGGUGAUCUGAGAAGGCUGGGAUGUGGGACCCUGCUUCCACAGAUUGCACAUUUAAAUGGACAUCUAGGUGCUCCUGUUGUCCUGACAAGAAGAGUAGCAAGAAUUAAGGGAGAAAUUCCUGCCUUACAGCUACUUUGUCCCCAUCCAUACUGCGUACUACUUGUGUACAAUACAUUCUAUAUAAACAUUUUUGUAGUAUGCUUUUUUUUACCAUUUGUAUGUAAGAAUUCAACAUAUUUUCCAGUUUCUUAUUCCUGGAAAAAUAUACAGACUCUGUAAAGACAAAUGGACUCAGUAAGUACAGUAGUAUGGAACUGCAGUACGCCUAAUGCUUUGACCUUGUACUUAGCAAGGCUAGCUGUUACAGGACAGCGCAUCUGGUUUGUUCAGUUGAAUGUAAGAUCAGGAGUGGCUCUUCUAAGAGCACAGCAUUUGUUGUCUCCCACUUUGAUAUUUGGACUCAAGUCAGCCUCUAGUUUAAGUCCUGGACUCGGAGUCCUAGAACGCUGAUUGGUCAGAAACAGUAGUUAGGCUGGUAACGUCACUGGCCCCAAGCACUGGUAGUCUGUAACACUGAACACCAACACAUUUAGCAAAACUAGCAAUGCACAAACUGUGAGGAUCUGGUGGCUGGUUUCCACUCUAUUAUUAUUUUACAUGCAGCAGGGAAUGUUUAUUUAUUUGUGUGUUUGUGUUCUUUCAGCAGCAGCAGCUUUACCUUGUGUUUAUUCCAGCUGCUGCAUUGGUCAGAGGCUCUAUUCAUUUAAUCAAUGCUUUGGAGAACAAGAUUCUAUUGUAUUAUUCCAAUAAGAUGGUAGUUUCACCUAAGUAAUUUAGUCUUCAAAGGAAAUUUUGACUUUCAGGGCAUAAUUUCUGUUCUUCACUCAUUCUGUCUGUUCUCAUUGGUAUGUAGCCAUGGAUGGAUACACAAGAACAAGAGUUUUAUUUUAAAAUCAAUGGACAUUAAAAACUGAAAAAAAAAUUGCAAUGUACUGUACACAUUAUAUGUGUUUUAAUUGUCUGCAGCCAGUACAUCUUGCUUCACAUGAAUGGCUGAAUGCCAACAAGUAACAAACGCCUCACUGGAGUUUGAGCAGUGAUUUGACACUUGUAUAUUUACUUUGUAUUGUAUAUUUCCUUUGUAUUGCUCUAUUUGUGUUGGUGAGUUGCUGUUAUUUUUUAUUAAAUAAAGAUUUAAUCAAUCCAGAUGCAGAUGUGCUCAGGUAACAUGGUGGCGCAGUGGUUAGUGCUGUUGCAACCUGGUGGAGUUUACAUGUGCUCCCUGUGUCUGUGUGGGUUCCCUCCAAGUACUCCCCACAGUCCUAAGACAUGCAGCUUACGUUGAUUGGUGACUAAAUAUGUUUUACAUUUACCAUCUUUCUCUCACUCAAGCAAAUCUCAGCAUAAAAAAAGUCCUCCAAAGUACAGGACAAACUUUAUUUUCCUUUUACAAACCUCCAAUAAAAAAUGAAUUGUGAUAUUUGUAGUUUUCUAACUGUAUGCUGGUGCAGCACGUAGAAUAAUGGAACACAGAAGAAUGUCAAUCCCACUGAACAGCCUGUUCAUUUUAAAGUGUGUAUAGUUUUUAUUUGGUGUUUUACCAUUGGUUAGAUACACAGUACAUGUAUAGUGCCUUGCGAAAGUAUUCGGCCCCCUUGAACUUUG